CUUUGUAGCUUUGUAAAUUCGAAAAUGUAACAUAAAUACUUCGGAGACGAGUCUUCGUACCCUCGGCAAAACCCUUGAUCAGACCACUCGUCAGUCGUCUAGUACAACUCUUCUCCUCAGGCGACGGCGAUCUUCUGUGCUCCGGUUGCAACGCGUGUACACCAGAAAACUGAAACUUUUUCUUCUUUCUCAUCAAGCAUCAGCUCCCAGUAUCAAUCAUGCAGCAGGCUGGUGGUGGCUCUGAAACUGAGGUGACAUGGGAGGAUCAGCAGAACAUUAACAAAUUUGGGAGAUUGAACAACCGGUAUCAUGAACUUGAUGAUGAAAUAAGGAUUGCCAUGGAAGCAAAUGAGAAUUUUGAGGAUGCAAGCAACGAAUUGAUUCUAACGGAUGAGGAGGUGGUUCGUUUCCAAAUUGGUGAAGUGUUUGCUCAUGUUCCAAGAGAUGAAGUGGAAAUAAGAAUCGAACAGAUGAAAGAGACAACAACCAAACAUUUGGAGAAACUCAAGGAUGAGAAGGAAUCGAUAGUUGCACAAAUGGCGGAUUUGAAGAAGAUUUUGUAUGCUAAGUUUAAGGAAUCAAUCAACCUCGAGGAAGACUAGACUGAUUGGUGAUAUAUCAUUUUCUUAUUGUACCUUGUGCUAUGCAUCUUGUACUCUGCAUAUUGAGUACUGACUACCCUUUUCUGGAAAAAUUCAAAACUCAACUUUUGUUUGUUGGUUUGUUACGUUACUUGCAUAAGAAUACUUGAUAUGGAUUUUGGAAACCUCAUAGUUGAUUUGAAGUAGGGGUGUGUAUUGUAUUGCAAGAAAUAGCAACAUGUUUUUAUUUA